GAGGGGAUCGAAGCGAAAAAAAUCCAAGGGAGUCGUCUCUCGUCUCUUGCAACUUGUUGGAGAAAAAGUAAUCCAUACGUGCGAUCAUCUCCCCCGGGAAAAUCGAGGCGAACGAUGAUAUUUCCCGGACUGCCAAUACUCAUCUGAAAAAGAAAGAAGAUGACGUAGAAAAAACACCUUCUCGGAGCAACGAAGAACCGGCACGUUCCGGCACUACGGCACGAGUUCCACGUUGAAGAUUUCGAGGGGAGCGACGACUUCUCUCGGGAAUGAGUUUCUUAUAUGGAACCCGAUCAGCAAGAUGACAUAAAAGAAGAGCCAUCCGAGGAGCAGCGAAGGGCCGGCGACAUGGAGAGCGAAAUUUACACCGGGGGCCCGCUGCCGGAACUUCCCAAAUUCGAGCGAACGCAGAAAAAAACGUGGACUGAACUCCGUCAAGUAGUUCGGGACUUCCGCUGCCAACUCCAUCACACCGAAUGUAAAAAUCCCUCAAAUGUGGUUUUCGCAGUCAAAGAAGGAGGGGUUCGGAUUUAUUUCCUGGCUUCUGUGGCGACCGGUAGGGAAAUGACGCUGCAUUUCAUCGAUGUCACUGAGAAUGGCGAGCUCUCAAACUGCCAAACCCUGCUAGAAUCCAACUUCGUUUUCGUACAGCAGUAUUCGAAAUCGUCCAGAGCAGAACAACUCCAAUGGGAACGAAAACGUCUCGUGAUGUGGGGGAUCACAAAUUUCGACUAUGUCGAGGAUGGAUACUUUGUAUUCAGUUCCUCGGGCUCGGUGUUCAGAUGCUCCGAUCGGCUGCCUCUGGGCAGCGGGGAGCGCGGAGUUCUCCCGGAAGAGCUCCGGUCGCAGGCAGAAGCGAUCCGAUUAGAUCCUCAAAUGUGUCCGACGAAUCCCGACAUCAUCGCAUACGUGACCAACGGAGACAUCUGGGUGUAUAAUUGCCAGAACCAGAACGAGAUGAGACUGACAAUGGUACACAUGUUCGACGCUCCAGUGAGCGCCGGGGCACCUUGCUAUGUGACUCAAGAAGAAUUCAAUCGAUACUCUGGGUUCUGGUGGGCGCCUCAGACCACGUGUGAGGGUGAAACGACUGUAUACUCAAUUCUCUUUGAAGUCGUUGACGAAUCUGAAGUGGAAGUCAUCCAACUACCCGGUAUAAAUGGGAACGCAGAACCGUACAGAUUCCCGCGAGCUGGCACCCCGAACGCGAAAUCUAGUUUGAGAAUUGCGAGUUUUUCGAUCAACUCAAAGGGCUAUUUCGUGAAACACCGAUACCAGUCGCUGACAAAUCACUAUAUAUGCGGCGCGGAGUAUUUGCUGCGGGCCGGCUGGACGCCCGAUGCUCGCCACGUCUGGGCGCAACUUCUGAAUCGGCAGCAAGACACUUUACAGCUCAUUUUAAUGCACGUUUCGGAGCCCCCUUUAAUCUGUGAUAUUCAAAUGGAAACGGAUUUCAACGACGACGAAAUGAUCACGAGCUCGGUUUUGUUACUCGAAGAGAGGACUCAUAUUUGGAUCAACGUGCACGACGUUCUACACUUUUUGGACAGCGAGUCGGAUAAAGUAAUGGACUUCAUCUGGGCCAACGAAUCGGCCGGCUUCCGCCAUCUCUAUCUCUAUCAGAUUAACAAGUGCACAGGAGAAUGCACCAAGUGCGUUCCGUUGACGAGUGGGAAUUGGGAAGUGAGCGACAAAGAUGUUUGGGUCGACACUGAUAGAAGACUAGUCUAUUUUCUCGGUACGAAGGACUCCCCUCUAGAAAAACAUCUAUACGUGGUCAGCAUCGAUUCGCCUGGUGAGGUUCGCUGUUUGACAGCACCUGGGGCAUCGUACCAGGUAUUCAUGUGUCUCCGCAGCGGCUACGUGGUCGCUAUUGAGAGCAGUUUGGCUCAGCCAGCGUUUGCGAGACUCUAUCGAAUUUCCCACGCGGCUAGCCAAAACGGCUCUCGCGAAUGCUCCACCGGUGACUUCACGAUCGGUCAGAAUCUGCUGCCAAGCUGUCAGCAGAUAGGGAACCUCAUGGAACAGGCGAAUCCGGGGGAGCGACAUCAAAUUCCGGAGCUAUUCAGUCAUCAGCUCAGUUCCGGCGACACGGUUUACGGGGUAAUUUUCAAACCACGGAGUCUCGACGAAUCCAACCCUCACAAGUUCCCCACGGUUCUAAACAUCUACGGGGGACCAGAGGUGCAAAUGGUGACAAACAGCUUCAAGGGAUUGCGGCAUCUCCGUCAACACUUGCUGUCGUCUGAGGAUUUCUGCGUGAUACAAAUGGACUGCCGAGGAUCCAGAAAUCGUGGGGUCGUUUUCGAAAGCCACAUAAAACAUCGAAUGGGUCAAGUAGAGAUCCAGGACCAGGUUGAAGUCCUCCAGUGGUUAGCCGAAGACCGAGGGUACAUCGACAUGAGCCGUGUAGCCAUUCACGGCUGGAGUUACGGCGGCUAUCUGAGUCUAAUGGGUCUCGCUCAGCGACCGGACAUUUUCAAAUUGGCCGUGGCAGGUGCUCCUGUCACCCAAUGGAACCUGUACGACACUGGAUACACGGAACGUUACAUGGGACUCCCCGAAAGUAACAGAGAAGGCUAUCAUCGAGGCAGUGUCCUCAGCUACGUAGGUCAAUUCCCGGACGAAGAAGGUCGCUUGCUCAUCAUCCAUGGCUUGAUGGACGAGAACGUUCAUUUCCCGCACACAACGUCUCUUAUACAGGCGCUCGUCAAUUCUGGAAAACCGUAUCGACUCCAGGUCUACCCACAAGAGAGGCACUCGUUGAGGCAUUUGCCAACUUCGGAACAUUACGAUACGUCGUUGCUCUCAUUCCUUCAGAAUAAUUUGUGAUAUGGGGCUUACUAAUCGCUGUGAGGGGCUAAUCGAUGAGCGAAUAAUAGAGAAGGCGUGAUUCUUAUCUUUCGCAAAUGUGAAUGGAGUGGAUGCUUCUGGAAUAAAUUGCCAGAUGUUUUUUCCGAACCU